GUGAGGAACUGUGACGAUCAAGGCAAGAUCCGGAAGCCCAUGAACAACUUCGUACUAAUAGUCUGUCCAAAAAAGGCAAAAAACAAGCAAACUAAAAAAACCUGAGCCCUUCUAUUGUGUUGCAAAAAAUACAGUAUGAUCUACAUGCAAGAUUAAUAAUAAAAGAAGUGUUAGAAAUUAAAUGUAUUUUGGAAAAAAGUUCUUGUAGACUCGUUAAGUAAAAAUAUUUUGCCCGAAAUCACCUAAAGUAUUUUAGGUGUUAAAAAUGAGCAGUCCCGAAAGCCAAAUGCAUUGUCAACUGGGAGCUUCUUAAAUAUUACGUUAUUGAGGGAGGCGUCGUUAAUGUUUAGGUAACAGAAAGCGCAAGACACUCAAUGCUCAACAGACGGACUUUAUGUUACGAAACGACAAACUAAAAACAAACUACAAGAAACACGGCGUCAGUUGCAGCUUUUCUUCAUUAAUUUCUCCAGGAGACGACAAAACUAUUCUUCUCCAAUAAAUCUGAAUGCUCGACAAAAAUACAGAAAGUGUAAAGCAGCUGUAAAAUGAUCCUUAUGCAGCAUCAACAGAUCUCUGCAGAACUGAAAUUUCUAAAUAAUCCAGAAUCUGCCUUCAAUAAGAAAUAGACUUGACUGGAAAAAGACCUGACCAAAACACUAAGCAAAAUCAAGUGUGGGGUUCAUGUUCAUGACUUCUGUUUGAGACGUCUCAUCAACACUUUCACAAUGAUUUCCAGUUUGAAACAUACUUUUAUUAUUACUACUGUUUUCUUCUUGAACAUUGAACUGUGUGUUUGUGCUUGUGCAUUAGUUGAAUAUGAGCUAAAAGGAGAAUGCUGCCCCAUGUGUCCACCUGGACAUCGUGUUUUUAGAAAUUGCACUAAAUUCACCAGUACAAUCUGUAUACUGUGUGCUGACUUGACUUACAUGGAUGAACCCAAUGGCCUUCCAAGCUGCAUUAGCUGUAUGGAAUGUGAUACUGGACAGGGAUUAAGAGUAAAAACUGCCUGUACACAGACUUCAGAUACAGUUUGUGAGCCGCUGGACGGAUUUUACUGUAGCGAUGGAGACAGGGGCAGCUGCAUAUAUGCUGAGGAACACAAAAAAUGCAGUCCCGGUGAAUACAUAAAACGGAAAGGAACAGCAAUUAAAGAUACUGUAUGUGCACUGUGUGCAGAUGGUACAUACUCCGAUGGUUUCUUUCAAAUUUGUAAACAACAUACAAAAUGUGAAGAUUUGGGACUUACAGAAAUAGCACAGGGAACACAUACUUUUGAUGCUGUUUGUAGGAGACGCAUUCCAGCAGUUCUAAUAGCUGAUAUCAUAACGUAUGUGGUGCCUAUAUGUUUGACUGCUUUUGGACUUGCUGUACUUUGUGUAAGGAAUACAUGGAUAUUGAACCUAAGACGUGGUGCUGGACAACUAGCAGUUUAACCCUCCUGCAGACCUUGUCUGAAUUCCUAUGCAAAUUAGGAGCGCUGAGUCAAGAUGACCUUGUCUGUUUUGACUGCUUAUAAAAAACGAAGUAUAUAUGAUAGCCUUUUUUUCACCUUUU